AUGGCGACGGCCGGGCGGCGUUGGGGGGGGUGGCGGGAUGACAACAAAUAUGGCGGAGAGGAGCAGGACGGCAGAGACGGGCAGUGCCAUUGGAAGUGAUGAUAUCAUAGCAGGGAAUGUGAGCAAGUACAUUGUUCUCCCAGCUGGUUACUGUGGACAGCCUAAAAAAGGACAUCUUAUAUUUGAUGCCUGUUUUGAAAGUGGGAACCUUGGCCGGGUGGACCAUGUCACGGAGUUUGAAUAUGACCUCUUCAUUAGGCCAGAUACCUGCAACCCACGCUUCCGAGUCUGGUUCAACUUCACUGUGGAAAACGUGAAAGAAUCGCAGAGAGUGAUUUUCAAUGUUGUCAACUUCAGUAAAACCAAAAGCCUCUAUAGAGAUGGGAUGGCUCCAAUGGUGAAAUCCACAAGCCGACCAAAAUGGCAAAGAAUCCCCUCCAAAAACGUGUAUUACUAUCGCUGCCCAGACCACAGGAAGAACUAUGUCAUGUCCUUUGCUUUUUGCUUUGACCGAGAGGACGACACUUACCAGUUUGCCUACUGCUACCCCUACACCUACACUCGCCUUCAGCACUACCUAGACAACCUCCAGAGGAGGAACAUGGACUACUUUUGCAGGGAAUUGCUGGGGCUCAGUGUGCAGAAACGGCGGCUUGACCUCCUGACAAUAACCAGCCCUGCAAACCUGCUUCCAGGGGCUGAACAGAAAGUGGUGUUCAUCACUGCACGGGUCCAUCCUGGGGAAACACCCUCCUCCUUCAUCUGCCAAGGUAUAAUCGAUUUCCUCGUGAGCCACCAUCCAAUUGCAAAAGUACUCAGAGACCACGUGGUCUUCAAGAUUGCUCCCAUGCUCAAUCCUGAUGGAGUUUACCUAGGAAAUUACAGGUGCUCCCUGAUGGGGUUUGACCUGAACCGGCACUGGGCAAAUCCAUCUCCGUGGGCUCAUCCCACCCUGCACGGAGUGAAGGAGCUCAUCAUCGACAUGUACAACAACCCGAAGAUUAACCUGGAGUUCUAUAUUGACAUCCAUGCCCACUCCACCAUGAUGAAUGGCUUCAUGUAUGGGAACAUCUUUGAAGACGAGGAAAGAUUUCAGCGACAGGCUAUUUUUCCCAAGCUACUCUGCCAGAAUGCUGAAGACUUCUCUUAUUCCAGCACGUCAUUCAACAGGGAUGCUGUGAAAGCUGGGACAGGCCGGCGCUUUCUUGGCGGGCUCUUGAAUGACACAUCCUCCUGCUACACUCUGGAGGUCUCAUUCUACAGCUACAUUUUGGGUGGAACUGCUUCUGCCGUGCCCUACACCGAGGAAGCCUAUACGAAGCUUGGAAGAAAUGUGGCCAGGACAUUCUUGGAUUACUACAGGCUGAACUCCUUGGUGGAGGGACCACUAGCACCGACUCCUAAAACUUGGAAGGACAAAGUGCCACACUAUAAAUGCCCUGCCCAGCGGGGCCCAGGGAACAGCCACGCUGGAGGCAAACCCGACAAGAGGAGCCAGGCGCAUCUGAAGGAGCCGUCUCUCCCCACACGCUGAGGAGAGGAGAGGAGAGGAGAGGAGAGGAGAGGAGAGGAGAGCUGUAGGGCAAGGCGGAGGAGCACGUCGCAGUCAGGAAUCAAUGAUGUUUCUCUUUUUUUUUCCCCAGACAAGUAUUUCUAAGAUAACAAAUAGUCCAAGGAGCAAGGAGGGAGAGGGAAAUUAGCUGGAAAUUUUACUAUUGAUUCUUUUUUAUUUAUAGAUGGUGAAUCAAUUUCAGGGCUUUUUUUUUUUUUUUUUUCCUAUCUGUGGGGGGAAAAAAAAGGGUGAACUGAUAGAUUUGCAGAAAUCAUUUGUGGUGGCUGAAAAGCUAUUUGUUAAAAUGAGAAAGCCUCCCCUUCCUCCACCAGUCCUCUUCUCUCUCUUUAAAGGGGUAAUCCAUACAAUGAGCUAACGAGGGAGUCCUGGCCCUCUGCUGUACCAUGUGAUGUCUCCCCUUUUCGUGUCAGGCUCAGAAGCCCUUAUGCCUACUGCAUGUGCUAGUCCUGUUAGCUUGCAUUAAGAGAGCCUGAUAAAUAGCCAGGCAGGUGCUCCUCAUUAUGCAGUUUAUCAUCUGCUGCAUGGCUGGGUUUUUUGCUCUUCUAUCAGAUCAUUCGAGGAGAGGGGUCAUAUGAGAAAUGGGACUGUCGAGCUGAAGGCAUGAAACUUGCUGCAAGACCUGCCCAGGGUCAGGGCAGGGACAGUGGUCCUCCAUCAAAAACUGUCUGGGGCCUAGAAAGACCAGACUUGCCAACAAAUGUCUGACUGAGGCAGCCUGAGUGAGGAGUAGUGCUGAAAGGGGUGAACAGACAGCGUUGUGACACCACUGUAAGAAACCCCAAGUAAAACCUCAGCACCUCCCCAUGACAUGGACAGCCUGCGAAAUCUCUGCUCAAAGCCACUGUCACUAGCCAGUCUUGUCUCCUGCAGUGGGUGACCCUCUGAAACAUCUGACCAUGAUUCUCAAACUGCAGACAAAAAGAGGGUGACCCUGAGUGGAGUCUGAAUGUCUCCCAGGGGACGGAAAGGGAGAAUGCACUUAGAAGUGUUUCUUCUCAACCCAUCAGAAGCCUUGGGAAGCAGCUUCUCUUCACUGUCUUCUGCCAGGAGUUGGGCUGGAAUGGUGGCUUGAAGGAGAGAAGGUGCCAAGACCCAGUAGAUAAGAGGGAAAUGAUGAACUAGACUGAGGGUGAAAAAAGAUAUGUGAAACAUGACUGAAUGAGCUCCUCUUGGUGUGGGGUGGCCCUGAAAAAGUACUAACCCCAGACACUUCUCUGAUACAAGAGAUGUGCUGGUUGUUCCUCUGCUCUUUCUCAGGACAGGAAUGCUAUGAUCUAGGAGCAGAGUCAGGCUCAGCUGGGUCCUCACACUAGCCCGUGUGUGAAGAGAUUGCAUCCUGGGGAUAAAUGAAAAGGUAUGAGAAACACUGAGAACUACAGGCUAAACCAGACCUUUGGGGUGGUUUAAAUUUACUGUCCCUGGUGAAAGUACUCCCUGAUUCUUUGGUAGUAGAGACCUGGCUGAGAGGCCUGACCAAUGCUGAACCAGGGUGUGAUUCUAGGAAGAACUGAAAGCACCUUGCUUGCAUUCAUACUUCCUUCUUUAACAAUCUCGGUGGAUACAAGGGAAUUCUCUGUGAGGUCCUUGAGCUCCUUUCCAUACAAGUAAACACAAAGCAAGCAGGGUCAAGGCUGAGCUCUGCAUUCUGUGUGACCUCACCUGCUCUUCUGUAGCCACAUCCCAAUGGACCUCCUGGAAGCCACUGGCACAUGGUUUCCAUCCAGAUUGUAUUACUGCAGCCAGAAAGAGUGAGCAGGUACGAGUAAGGACAAAAGCUUGGCUUUGCAUGCCUCUGAAAAAGGACAAGCUACUCAGGAUCUGCCAAAACUUGAGCUGAAUAUCUCUGUGCAUUAGCCACCCUUUACCUGGGCUUUCCUUAGUUAGUUGCUCUCUGACAAAGGGAACUUGCUUGAAAGCAAGAAGGAGUUAUCCCACUGGAAGGAAAAUGAUUUAAAACACCAAGCAAACCUGUUAUCAUCAGUAUUUCAAGGUGAGAGGGUUAAACUGUGUACAUUUUUAGGGAGAAUAAAAUGCCUUCAUAUGAUGAAUUCCAAGGCAUCCAAAAGGCACAGUGCUGGCUCUCUGUCUCCAAAAGCAGAGUAAUGAAUAGCAGUGACAGUGUGAUAAUUAAAAUGACCUCUUGGAGAUAUGGAUUAGAAGGUACGCAGAGGGGAAAUAAGUCCUCCUUUGAAUUAAUCUAGUGCUAAUUUAUGACUACCAUUGGGUUUUAUAGGGUUUUAGUGGAAGACUUUCAAAGUUGGUUUACUGGAGUUAAAAUGUUCUUUCAUGUAUUCAUUGCAAAAACACUUGCAGAAUUCCUCGUUAUUUAUUUUUGGAUGUUUCUAUAUAUAUGUACACACAUAUAUAUAUAUAUAUAUAAAAUGAGAGCGUUUCAAUAUUUGCUUAGCCGCUAAAAAGCCUACUCUAGAAAUAUGAAUAAAGUGAUAAAAGCAGCUGUGGAA